UUAUUCUUCUUCAGCACAUCUCGUAAUUCGCCCGUCCUGCCGGCUCCCCGAGACACUCCAAACCUCGGUCUGCGCACUCCUGCCUGCAGCUGCGGGCUGGCCGAGCCGACACACGCGGCGCGCUUGCGCAGUGCGUCUCCGCUGGCUCGGUGCUGAAGUUGGGCGGAUGGGAGAAAAACAUCUCUCGUGGAAAUUAAACGGCAGCGUGCGAUUGUGCCGUACGAUACGCCAAGCCAACAAUAACUAAAAAAAAAAACACCUUUAAAGUAGGAACGGCAGCAUUCUGUCGCCUGAAACAAAGCGGUUAGAAGCCCCACAGGAGUUGAAAUGAGGAAAAGGCAGCAUCCGCACAGCGAAGGCCCUCCUCAGGCACCUGACCAGCAGAGACCUCGCACCUGCUGUCUGUGCUGGUGUGGUUGCUGCAGAUGCCCCUGGAAUGAAGACCUGAUGGAAGGGCGCGAGAGGCAAACCUGUACGAAAAUGGAAAGUAUUGAAGCUGCGGAAGAACAAUUAGAGCCCACCCUGGAGGAGAUCUUGUCUUGGUCCCGUAGCUUUGAGAGAAUGAUGUAUUCCCCAUCAGGAAGGAAUCUCUUCAGACAGUUUCUGCGUUCUGAGUACAGUGAAGAGAACUUGUUGUUCUGGCUUGCUUGUGAAGACCUGAAACACGAAAAGAACACGAAAGCAGUAGAUGAAAAGGCCAGGAUAAUUUAUGAAGACUAUGUCUCCAUUCUUUCCCCUAAAGAGGUCAGCCUUGAUUCCAGAGUUCGAGAAGGGAUCAACAGGAACCUAUUGGAGCCAAACUGCGACAUGUACAAUGAGGCCCAGCUUCAGAUUUACACUCUGAUGCACAGAGACUCUUUCCCAAGGUUUCUCAACUCUGCGUUUUACAAAUCUCUCGUUGAGAGUGCAAGAGGCUCCUCUGCAGAAAUCUGACUCUUCAAAUGUGUGGCACCGAGGGUUUGCUAUUAACUUUUAAAGAAAUGCAAAGCAAUUAAAAAAACACCCCCACCCAAGCUCAGCUCCUGGUGAACUGCAGCAAAAAGAAACUCCUCAGGCAACUGUGAAACAAAACAAACACCAGAAUGUGUACCCUUAGUCAUUGUACUGUACUUUCAAAGCCUUUUCACACUCACGCUUCACAACUGUGAACGCAGACAAAACAUUUUUUAUUUGGAUUUUUUCACUGUUUUUAACAAGGUCUUAAUGCUUGACUGUAAUAAAAAAAACUGUGUGUUCCUAAAUCCAGUUUGCAUGUAACAAGAAUAUGGAAUUUUGAACUGAGUGCCAUCGGGUCCAGAGCAUUGUGGAGAAUGUCUCCUGUCUGACCUGCUCUGCUGCGCGGGCCCUGUGAGUUAAGGGAAUUUACUUUCGUUGUUUUAGGAGGUACAGUACGCUGCAGACGCUAUCCUCAUUGGGAACCUGUCUAAGCAAUUUCCUUCUUUAGGAUAAUCAAAUAGGGAAACGAAAGGGCUGAAUUUAUUCAAGUGUCUGGGCACAUCCCAUCAUACCUUCAACAGCAAAGAGAACCACAUAGCUCAAAUGUCACAAAGGGGCAUUUUUGUGAAACAAAAAUAAAAACACAAGCACAGCUAUGUGAAGGGAUAUUAUAAUUGUAUUUGUUAGACCAAUAGUAAGCAUUUUGAGUCAUGUUGUGACUUUUUUGAAGCUUUAGGGAGUAUUUACAACUGUUUCUGGUUUUAUGUAAGAUUUUUACGCAUUUAACAAAGAUACUUAGUUUCGGCCCCAGGUUUGAAACAGUUACCCAUCCAAGGAUGUAGUAAUGUUUUAUAGUACUGGCUAAGAGAAUUAAGAAGUAAUCGGCUUCCAGUGGUGUUUUGAUUUGUGGGUUGACAGUGCCCGGUUCUGGGUUCUGUUGCAGAACCACUAUAAGCCUUGAGGUUCUGGACCGGUCGCGGGUGAAGCAAGCUUUGUUUGGCUUUUACUCACAUCGGCCUCGGUUCUCCUGUUGUCCAAAAACAAGGAUUGAAUUCUUCGAAACCCGAAAAAGGAGCAAUGCGUGAAAGGUUUGUCAAGGAGCCACAACCUAACCCUCAGAAAGGUUUGAUCUGAUUCGUAGCUAUGUAGCAAAGCAGCAUGCAUCAAUUUUACACAAGAUGUUUACAAACUGUGCACGGUUCAAAUUACGCAAAGAGAUUGAAAUUUCUAACAUUUGUUUUUUACAUGAUAAUACGUUUUAACAUGAUUUAUGAGUUUAUUCUUUCUCAGCUGCAACUUCUGUCUGUUGCCUCCUACAGAGUGAUAGAACGAAUGCUGUUUCAGAUAGGAGUAACUCUCUAUUUAAAAAAAAAAGGUUUGCACAACUGUGUUUUGUUCGGCAUGACUGAUGAGUUGCUCAACCCAUUAAACUAGUGCUGUUUGGAAAAAAAAGAUCUUAUCUUGAUAAUCCACAGAAAGAUACAAAAUGGCCGCCGUGCUCCUCUUUCCCCUUUGCACUGCGGUGACCAGGUGUGGCGGUAGCUGCCAGGAGUUCACGGCGGGAAGUAAAUUAGCUUCACGGCUGGGCAGAGCACAUGGGGGAAGAGACGGGUGAGGGCCGGUCUCGCGGUGCUGUGAAUACUGCUUGUUCCAGAAAGUAGCCACUCCGUUUUAUAUCCCGAACUGCUGAGAAUAACGGGAAAAUGAUGGGAUUGAUGGUUUUAAUACAGCUGUCAUCGUGAAGCUCUUUAUGUCUUCUAAUUCUGUAAAAUAUUGUACCUACACGUGGAGAGAUUUCUCUGCAGUACCAUUUUUCCACAUUGAAGACGGUCUCUAAACAUGAGACUGCUUAGCCUUCAGUCUUUUGAAAUGCAUGCUAGAUGGUUACUGGAUUAUAGUAGUAUUAUAAUAUUUAAUACUACCACCUAGUGGUAUAUCUAAUAUAUUUCAUGUCAGCUAUUUUAGGACAAAUUUGAAAUGAAUUGUUUUAAUUACUGUUUACUUAAUCACCAGACUGCGGCUGAAUACCUAAAAUCCUUUUAUUCGCCUUCAAUUUUGGUGAAAGUGAGGACUGAAGACUUGAGACUAAUUGAGGAAUUACAACCCAUUGGCUACAGGAUGCUCAAAAACUACACCCAGUCGGAAAAAAUGGCACUAGAAGUCAAUUGUUCGUUAAGAAAUGCACUCAGCUACAAAUGCGAUAAGGAAGAAUCUUGAAACUGAUGGAGGUGAAGGGAGAGGGAGGACUGUUUGUAAAGUGCAGCUUUUUUUUAUGUCUGUGCAGAAAAGCAGUCCGCCACUGCGGGGUUUUAUAGUACUGAGCAUUUUGUACUGCUGGUGCAAUCACUGCUUUUAAAGUGGCAAGGUGAUGGGAGAUGCCUUGAUUUUGGUUUUACCUGUGUUCUUUGUACUCGUCUUUUCAAGAACAAUCCGGAAAAGAAACUAGUCAAAACGAAGAAAAAUGCCAAUGGGUAGUCAGAUGUUGCUCAGCAUCAAGUUUGUAGGAAUACUGCCAUGUAACCAGAUAUUGAAAAUGGCCAGAGCAGGUUGUUAAUGUAGUAGUUUCAUAUAGAUCUAAUGUAUUAUAUUUAUUUUAAAAACACUAGCCUUAUUCAUGGUGUUUCUUCUUGGAAAGUCUCGUUAGGAUUUGCCACUACCUCUCAUAACAUAUUUUGUUUCACGUUUAGUUGUUGAUGUGCAAUUGAUAUUUAGACAUUUACUUGAAGCCUAACACUGUAAGCGUAAUGUGCAUAGGAAAAAAAAAACGUAUUAAGAGUUCACAAAAAGUAGCUGGAUUAUUUUUGUUUAAUUGUUUUCAGCUGAAAUAGAUUUUAAAUAUAUAAAGAAUUCAGGAAAUAACUGUAUAAGGGCUAAUCUUAUUUUGCCUAUGCAAAUAUUUCACUGUUGUAACGAAACGCUGAAGAGGUCUGAAAGCUGUGUGGAAAAAAACAAGGUUUACAUUGUUUUUUUUGCUGAUACUCUUCUAUCAUAUUCAGCAAAGUUUCUUAUUUUUAUUUAUAAAAUAAAUAUAUAGUAAAUACCUUCAUGAUGGUAAAAGGAUAUUUAUAAAGAUUAACUUUUAAUAAAUUAAUGUCUUGUCUGAAUUGUUGCUGUGUUAUGACAUUCCUCUUGCUAGGAAAGCUGAUUCACGUAUAACUUAAAACACAUCUUUAGAGAAACCAAUGAGUAAUGUUUACUGGCUCCUUAGUUCAUGGUUGGCUUUCAUGUUUCUUUCUUCAGGACCAUGAAAAUUUCUUUAAAACAAGGAGAUGAUGAAUAUUGUCGUUUUUAGAAUACAGGCAAGAAAACCUGAUGAAUUAUGAUCAGUGUUCAGUGAUGCAUGUUUCUUUUCUCGAAAAAGUGGUGCACUUGUUGUCUUUCAAAAGGAUAUUGUUUCUUAAGGGCUAUGUGGGGUGCGUUAGCAGAAUUUACAAUUGUAAAAACAGAAACAUCUACCUCUGUUUUUUGCCUUUGUAUUCAAUUUAGUGCUCUGAAACAGCUUGGUGGCUAUAGCAGAAUGUGACUGCAUAGCUGCUUUUUUCUGGAGUAUUUAAUGAUACAAACAUAUCCAUGGCUGAGGUUACAUUUGAUACAAAACAGUAACAAGUGCUGAGAACAGUCCCAUUUUGGCUUAGACUUCAGUACUCUGUAGUGUGAAACUGGAUAUAAAACAUACCUUUAACCAAAUUAAUUAUCUUAUAAUAAUUUGCAAAUUGCUUUUGUUUUUCAUAGUAUUUCAAGAGAAAGAUUCUAUUGCCACAAGGAAUGAGAUGCCCCUUUUAAAUGCAGAAUUUAAACAAAACAGCUCAUCUGUCUCCUGUAGGUUUUAUUAAGGAACUAUUACAUUUCAGGCCACUCAAAAGCACACGUAAGAAGCUGAAUUUCCCUUAUGGAUUGCUGGUUGAAUUUGGUGUAUUUGCAAAGCUGGGUAAGACUGGCUUGGUAUUGCCAGAGGCCCGACUUCAAUGACAAAGGCACAGCUUUUUGCUCUCCAUAAACCCCCCUCGUUAUUCUAUUAAGACAUUGUCAAGUGCAGAACUCUGAAGAGGUGGUUGUUAAUGCAACUGUCAAUUAACCAGCAGAUUCUGUCUGAAAAGCAUCAUUACAAGAAGCCUCAGUGCCUGGACAUGACCUCUGUCAUGCAAAUAUGGGAACAACUUGAUAGUCAUCUGCAUGUAACACGCCCAAUCAUGAUGUUUAUUAACGAGUACUGAUCUAUUCAAGAAAAAUGUAAUGUGUGUAGUCUGCAUGUAACUGAACAGAUAAGUAGAGAUUAUGGAAAAAAACGUCCAGUGAAAUGUGAUGUAUUUAUUGCACAUUGAGGUGACUCUUAGUUGUAUUUGGCUUUGAAUUGAAAAGCUAAUGAAAAUGAAAGUCUUUCGCAUGAACCUGCUCUCCUUGGUCCUGUAAUUUCAUGAUACGCUGUGAAGAUGUGUUAAGCGAGGCUGGAAACAGUGACAGGACCUUUGGUCACUUGCUGCUGCGAGCCCACUUCUGGAAGCUCUGCUAGUUUGUCCCUGGUUAGAAGCCCAGGAUACAGGGUACCCUUUCUAGUUUCGGUUCCAUGAUGCUUUCCCUCUCAGACCCGGGUACGUGUUGCCCCUUGCCCAGGCUGCAGUACGGGGCUCUAGAGAUGUUCAGCAGGCAGAGCCCUUUGCUCAGAUUGCAAGUGUGUUGCUUUGAAUCUGGAGUUAUGGCAUCCCUUGUGUGUGUGACUGGAGGUUCCUUAACAGUGGUGAGCUCAUUUUGCAUGACACUUCUGUACAUAACCACUAGGGCACACUUCUGUUGGCAGAUACAGCUUUUGACUUCAUUGUGUCACAAUGGGAGCAGGCAGCUUUUGACCUUUGACCUGUUGGCACUUUAUUUGCUCCCACCAGCCCUGCCUACUCUUAAAUGUGUUUCAUGUUGACAAAAACAAACCGCUCAGAGGGAGUAAAUUCAAUAAACCUCUUUACAAUCUGCAAACCUAGGGAGACUGCACUCUUAAUGCUGACAAAUUCAUUAUUGAUUGCAAACGCAUUACUCUGAUUGUUGCCUAAAUAUGAAGCCUUAAUAGUCCUCUCAGUAUAUCUAUUUUCAUUGCUAUUUCUGAGGUUUUGCCAAGUGGAACAGUCAGAUAUGUAUGGGCAUCUAUGUAACAUCUCAUCUUAGUUUACAGUGUUGAUGGGCAUAAUUCAGAACAGCUACAGUAUGUGCAGAUUUAGAGGUACUGUAGGAAGAGACAACAAAAAUAAAAACAUGGACACUGGCAACAAAUUAUAAAUAUCAGAAACUUUUCUUCUUUUGAAAAACAACAUUAAUGAUAAUUACUGAGCUCUUAUAGUCCUCUGGGCAUGCUGUAAACAUAUAGUUAGUCCUACAAUGUUAACCGAGAGUUAGAAAAAUAUACUGUGACCUUAGUGAUACCAGGUAAUUAAAGGUAGCUAAAGGCACUUGAUUUUACAUUCAAGCUUGUGUGAUUGACUACAGUAUUUAGUGCAAUGUGGAUAUUUUUUACUUUUUCCAAUGAAUGCUUAGACUAACUCCUUAUACUUCAGAAUUGUAAGAAGGUUUGCAAACAAGAGGAGUUACUCCUCUUGAAGAGCCACUCUGUCCUUUUAGUAGUUAGUAUCAAAUUGAUCCAAGUUUCUUGUCCAGCCUUUUCAGUCUUAAAGGCACGUCCUUUUGGUUUCCUUUAGUGUUUCACAAACAAUGGUGUAACUUCAAGCACAAAAUACUCAGCUGAUAUUUUUGAAGCACAUGGUCCCUCAGAAAAUAAAAGUAAAAAAUAAAGUAAAGUAAAAACAAAACUUUAGACAGAGCAUCUAAAUAAGAGGUGGCCUUCAGCUUAUCAUUUUCCUUUUUUCAGAUUUGCAGAUUUGAUCACAUUUGCUUCAGAUUUGAUCCGGGCUUCUAUCAGAACAUCCUUUUCUCACAGUCUGAGUUUCUCAAGUCAUGGCACCCUUUUUAAAUAUUGUCAUCAGCUGGAACAGAAAUAAAUGAGAAAUUCACAAAAUUGUGUUCUUGAUUUUAGCUGCCAGUGCAAAAAUUGUAUUUUUUGUGAAAGUCUUUACAUCGAAAUUUGAAAAGGAUGGAUAUUUUUAAAGGAUGCAAUAUAGAACUGUCCAUCCAAACUGACAUUUUAUAUUCAGCAUGCAUUUGCUAAAUAAAAUAAUGAUUCAGUUAUUUAUCAUAAACGAUACUGUAUGAGUAUGUAUUAAAGUACUGCAAUCUGCAGACAAUAAUUUUACAACUCCCUUAGAGAAGUGAUUCUUUCUUUACUUUUCACUAAGUUGGGGUUACUUUGUUGGCAGAAUAAUCCGUAGUGUUGUGAUGUCAGUGGGACAACUUUUCCAAGGGAUUUUUUAAAUUGUCUGAAUGACUUUAGUCCUCUUUAUAUUAAUGAAAUUAUAUUCUGAUGAGCCAAUUCAGAACCUAUGAAAGAAAUAAUUUGUUGCAUGAAACUGGGAGACUGUUUGCUGAAUAGCACAAUUAUUAAUCUGGUAUUUCAAUUACUUGGAUAUGAUAUCAAACCAAUGCGAUUUUUGACAACUGUAAAUAUAUUAAAUACAUUAAAUAACAA